AUGGAAUUUGAAGAAGUUAUGCAUGCUUCGAUUACUGCACCUGCGGAGACACCAGAGACCGAGAUGUCGAGAGUUGAUCUAAAGCACCAGCGUGAGAUUCGACUGGUGUCGAAGAAGGUGGAGAUUGCGCAGCUUUGUGAAAAUAUAUUGGAGAACCCAGAUGAAUCUUUCAAGAAGAAUAAGGAACAUCCGCUGCAGUUUAGCAAGAUCCAACAAUUGCAAAUGUUGUGCCGAGACCCAGACUUGACAGUGCAGCGUCUUAGUCUAAUGUCACAGCUGUCAGUGUUCUUGGAUAUUCUACCAGACUACCGGAUUCGUCUUCCGAAUAGUGCUAGCGUGGAAAAAAAGGGCAAACAGAACCAUGGACGCCCCAUGAAGAAGAAAGUGCAACAAAUGCAGGAAUAUGAGGCAGCACUGCUUAACAACUACCAAAAGUUCCUCAAGUAUUGCGCUGAUCUGGUGUCCACGGGGCUUAAGGGCAAGCGCCCGGAACAGCUGGCGACAAUGACUGUGCACGAACGGCGUAGUGUAUUGCUUGCCGAGACUAGUGUCCGAUGUUUGGCACAGCUGCUGGAAAAGAAGUAUGCUUUCAACUUUCACCUCAACCUCGUGAUUGCGCUAGUGCCAAUGGCAGACUCGCAGUUUGUGAAUAUCCGCGAGCAGGCGUGCGCGUCUUUCAAGAGCGUCUUCAAGAAUGACAAAACAUGUACUUGCUCAUAUGAGAUUGUACAACAAAUUUCGAGCUAUGUGAAGCAGAAGCAACACCGCGUGCAACCCUUCAUUAUUGAAACACUCCUGGCUAUGCCACUUGAGGUGACCAUGGAGCAGGGCGAGGUAGCUCGCAAAAAGGCCAAGUCUGAUCGCAAAAAGCGUCGUCGUCAGCAGGCGGAUGGCGAUACUAUUGCUGCCGGUCUCAAGGAAGCCGAAGCUGUUGUGGACCGUGCUGAGCGCGAAAAGACGCAAGCUGAUAUCUUACACGAACUGGUUCUCAUUUACUUUCGCAUUUUGAAACAAGCUACCUACUCGCAGGCACUACCGGCUGUGUUGGAGGGACUUGCAAAGUACUCAUUCUUGAUUAAUCUUGAUAUCAUGAUUGACUUGCUCAAGGUACUCAAGGUUGUUCUCCGCAAAGAGGAUCUGCUACCAUUGCCAGCAGCACUGCAGGCUGUGCUAACGGGGCUUCGUGCACUGCAAGGCCCCGGUGGACAGGAACUCAUGAUCGACGAAAAGGAGUUUGUUGAUAUUCUAUACCGCCUAUUGCAUCGGUUUGCCGCUGGCGAGGCAGGCUUGCACUCGACGUGUUUCCCAACUUUGCUGCAGUGUGUGGAGGCAGUGUUCCUACGUCGGAAAGAGAUUGUAAUCGAACGCGUGGCGUCUUUUGUGAAACGAUUGCUGCUCGUGGCACAGCAACUGCCCCCGCAUCAGGCUUUGGCCACAUUGUCGCUGCUUCGUGCGCUUUUUUACCGCUACUUAAAGUUGCAGCAGCUUCUGGAAUCGGAUGUGGAUCGUGUGGCUUCAGGUGAAUACCGCGCUGAUAUUGACGAUCCUGACUUUGCCAACCCGUUUUCAAGUGCAUGCUGGGAGCUAGCGUUACUAGCGCAUCAUACUCACCCAAAGUUGUCCAGUUACGCCCUCGACACUGCCCAGAUGGCUCCAAUCCUGCCGAGCGAGCAUGCCCGGGCGCUCAUGGAUGCAUUCGAUCCGUAUGCUGGCGCAACCUUUGCGUUCAAACCAAAAGUGCCUGUGCCGCCUAGCAACCCGCUACACAAGAAAAUUGCCUCUGAGAACAAUAAGCACGACUCGCGCAAGAAGAGCCGUCAGCGCCGUGCGCGUCAGUUUUUCGUGCGCGAUCCAUUGGCUAGCCUGGAUGAGCAGUACCGUAAGCAACAUGCCUCUUUUUUCUUUCAAAAGUGCCUUGAGCUUGACGAGCAACACACUGAUGACAAGCUGCUAGUGUUCAGGAAGUAG